AAUUAUCACGGGAGGAAAUGGAUUAUCUGUUUUCUAGUAGACCGGAAAGAAGUAACUGAGUAGUUUGUGCGGCCGCAUCUACGCAGCCUCAAAUUUCGUCUUCCAUCCGCGUCGCUUGCUUAUCAUCUUCAUUGCACCAGCCGCUCCGUUAUUGCACGAUAACACUCCACCCACUACAUCUUAACUAUUUUUGAAAAUAAAAGGAUUAACCAUGGCCGACGUAGAAGAACCAGUUGAAGAUAUUGUCGCCGACGAAGAGGUCGAGGAAGAAGUUGAGGAGGAGGAAGAAGAAUUUGUUGCCGUUGGAGCCAGUGAGGUCAAGCUUUUCGGAAAAUGGGCAUUCGAUGACAUCGAAAUCCGCGACCUCUCCCUUGAGGUGAGUGCCGUAGUAGUAGACAAUUUUUCGACUCGACUAGGCAGAGAACAAACACAUCAACACAGACGGAUUGCAAUGCUACCGAACUGCCUCAAUGCCAUCGAGUUUGAUUACCUCAAAAACGAAACAAAUACUAACAAUUCCGAACCUUUUUAUUCGCGCACAGGAUUACAUUGCUUGCAAGGGUGACCAUGCCGUUUACCUUCCACACACUGCCGGACGUUACCAACAAAAACGAUUCCGCAAGGCUUCGUGCCCAAUUGUCGAGCGUCUCGUAUGCUGCCUAAUGAAGAAGGGACGCAACAGUGGUAAGAAGCUCAUGGCCGUCCGAAUUGUUCAGCACACGUUGGAAAUCAUCCACUUGUUGACCGACCAAAACCCUAUCCAGGUUGUUGUUGAUGCCAUCAUCAACUCUGGUCCUCGUGAAGAUUCCACCCGUGUCGGAGGAGCUGGUGUUGUCCGUCGUCAAGCCGUUGAUAUGUCUCCUUUCCGACGAGUCAACUACGCUCUUUACUUGUUGGCCACCGGAGCCCGUGAAGCCUCCUUCCGUAACUUGAAGACCAUGUCCGAGUGCCUUGCCGAAGAAUUGAUCAACGCCGCCCGAGGUUCAUCUAACUCUUAUGCUAUCAAGAAGAAGGAUGAGAUUGAACGUGUUUCCAAGUCCAAUCGUUAAACAAGUCCAUGCGUGCUUCUUUCUUCCGCGCUUCUUGGUUGGUGCAUUUUGAUCGUAGCUGCAGUUAUAAUAAAACCCCUUUAUUUUC